AGUUAGUUGAGGUGACUGACGGAAACAACAAUGGCUGACUUCGACACGAUUUAUGAGGAAGGUGAAGACGAAGAACCAAUUCCAGACGAUUUAAUGAUAACUGUUCCAGACCCAAUUGUUGUUAGGGGAGGAGGAAAUGUCACGAUAUUUGGUCUCAGUAAUAAAUUCGAUACAGAAUUUCCACCAGGUCUUUCAGCAAAGGUAGCACCAGAAGAGUUUAAAGCUACUAUGACUCGUUUAAAUAGUGUAUUAAAGAAAGCUUUACCUGUCAAUGUUAAAUGGUUAUUUUGUGGCUGUGUGUGUUGUUGUUGUACUUUAGGUUGUUCUUUAUGGCCAGUUGUUUGUCUCAGUAAACGAACAAGACAUGCAAUAGAAAAAUGUUUAGAUUGGGAAAAUAGUCAUCUUUACCAUAAAUUGGGAUUACAUUUUAGAUUAAGUAAACAGCGUUGUGAUUCAAGUAGUAUGAUGGAAUAUGUUUUGCUCAUUGAAUUUAUUCCCAAAGUUCCAAUAUUCAGACCUGACUAAUGAAGUAUGACACAUUAGACAUAAAGGGAGUAGAAUUCCAUUUAUAGACACCAUCAUUUAUAGAUAUACAUUUAAUCAUAGAAAUUAUAUAAUAUAGAGUUCAUAUACUUGUUCAAUUUAUUACACAGCUACUGGUCAUAUGAUCAUGAUCUCAUUCGUCCUCUUAUGAGGCAGAAGCUCAUUGCAAUUUAUUAUAACUUGAUAAUUCAAUAGACAUAUUCUUAGCUAAUCAAAUGUAAUAAUGUGAUCAAAUUUAUUUAAAAAAUGAGUCUUCUAUCAUUGUCUAGAUCUGUAAAGAUCAACAAGAGGCUUUGGGUAGUAAUUAUUUUUUUUUUCCUAGAUAUAUAUAUAUAUAGUUUAUCAGAAUUUUUAUAUCACCUAUAUAUGUAAAUAUAAAUGUCCUUAAUUGUCUGUAUAACUAUAAGUGUGUCGUGUAUUUGAAAUUGAAGGACCAUAUAUUUUGUGUUUGUAUAUAAAUUGUAUUUAUUGUAACAAAUUAUUUAAAAACCAAAAAACUAGAAAAUGCAUUUAAACUAGCGUAGAGAAUCAUCCACCUGUUUUUUUACUUCAUUUACCCUGUGGAAAAACAUAAUCUUGUAUUUCUCUAUGCAUUUUAUUUGAAAAUAUUAAAUGCUUCAUAAAAAAGGUAGAAGUUUAUGACAUUAUGAAUGUAAAGAGGUACCUGUCUGUUGGUCCAGUCCAGUGCUACAUUAUAACACACAAGACAUUUUUGUUAUUAUGUGGUAAAAUGGUUGGACAAGAGUGGAGAAGUCUUUGGAAUGAAUUUAUUUUGUAAAACUUUUCUUUUUUAUGAGUUACUUAGUUAUAUGUUUAGACACUUUGAUCUGUUUAAUGUUAAACUACAACAACGAAUUAUUGGUCAACAUAUUAUUUGUAUUUCUAAGCAAGUGGUACAUGCCUGGCAAUUCCCUGACAGGCCAUUGUUGAAUUACAUAAUGUCUUUGGGGAAAUGGCUGUCUGUAUUUUAACAAUACAUAUCUUUAUUUCUUUUUUUUUUUUUUUUUGAUAAAGAGAGACUUUUAAAGAUGCAUUAUAUUUGAGAUUUAGAUGAAGAGCUGACCUUUCUUGCUAUAAUAGUUCAAAUAUGGAUAUUGAAAAAUUAAUAUAUUGAAAAUUUCAUUCAAAUCACUUUAUUCUGAGCCAAGUUAUCAGUGUUUGAAGAUGUAGCAAUGAUUGUUUAUUAUCGUAGCAACGGUACUUGACAAUCAAGACUAAGUCUACAUUAUCUGUUUUUAAAUAAACUUAUUAAAUGGCGAUCGUGUUUCUAUCCAUUUAAAUCUCAGCUAUCCAUAACGUGUCUAAAUAAUAGUUUAUAUAACAUUUGAAGCCAAAAUAAAGAUCUGCAAUAGGCAGAUUUAGCUCUUAUGCAUCUUUAAAGUUAUUUUAUUUGCUUAUUGCAUAAUGCAUAUUUUAUGUACACACUGUGAUUCUUUUGUAAAAAACAAUUGUAAACUAUAUCUGUACAUAGCAACAAAUCAAAUUAACAACUGUUAUUUGUAGAUCUUCCUAGUUUAUGUGGAGUUCAAAUGAAAAAUGUAUCAAAUAUUGUAUGAAAUAUUCUGGAUUAUCCUUUAGUAGCUCAUUAUCGACAUUAAAACACUAAGAGGAAAACCCAUGUUUCUAUGAAUGCAAAAAAAUUGUGUUGUUUAACUCUACAUUCAUUAACCCAGUCCGUGCAGAAUAUUAAGAUGUUAAAACCAAUUUCGUUUUAUUAUGACCAAGGUUAGGGAAAGUACUGUUUCUUCUAGACCUUGAGUUUAAUGUGAGUGAUAAAAAUAAUAAAUAUUUAGAACUUCUAUUAGAUAAUUGUCAUGUAAUAAACCACCAAAUGUUUUUUUUUUGUUUAAAUUUGUAACAUUGGUAACCAUUAGUACCAAUAUGUAUUGUUUUUGCCAUACAUGUCAAAAUUUAGCACUAACUUUAACCUAUAUUGAUGUCUUUUGUAUUAUAUAUACACGUAAUUCUAUUUCAUCAUGAGUAUUAUCUUCCACCCUUGCCUUUUGUGAACCAUGACCUUAUUUUUAAAUACUGCUGUCAACACCACAAUGGAACUCUUCCCAUAGAGUUCUUGUUAAGCUUUAAAAAGGGUGUAUAUCUUUUUAAAAAUAUCAUUUAUAUAUCUAUUAUAACAUUGUUUUUGUAUAUACUGGAAUCAUAUAUUAAGAAGCUUCUUGUAUCCAUUGUGGACAUAAUUAUCAGUGUAGAUUACUAACAAUCGAUAUGAUGUCAUUACUUUCUUCAAGGCUUUCUUUUCAAUUUUUGACAUUAAUGUCCUUAAAAAAGGUAUUUGGAUUUAGGUACCUUUGUGUUAUGAAAAAAAGUUUCUAUUAUUCUACAUUCCAUGUGCAAAAAAUAAAGUAAUCAUCUUUCAUGAAUUAAUGUUGACUAUUCAAAUUUUACUUGACCGAUUCAAUUAAUAUGAUUUCAUACGCAGUGUUUAGUCAUAAAAAGAUGGAAUAGAUUUGAUAAUGUAAUGAAUGUCAUGUCUUAUAGAUAUUAUAAUGUAGUGCCAAAGGUAUAUGUACAUGUAAUUGUAAAUUAUUGGAUAUCAUGGUUCUUCAUUGUAUGGUUAUUAAAAUGUGAAAUUGUACAUAUUAUAUCAAAAAUAUUUCACAUAGUGUUAAUAAUUAUUAAUCUGUUCUUGAUGAUUUGUAAGAAAAAAAAUAGAAAAGCUAAUUGGGUCACAGUUUCUACUGAAUAAUGUUUAACCUGUAUUUUAUUUCAGUUCAGGUCAGUCAAGUAUGCAUCAUGAAAUUAAUUGGGUUUAAUCCUAAAUAAGCAUUUUUUGAUAGAUGAUAUGACAUUAGAUCCUUCUAGAAAAAUAGGUACAAAGGUUUAAAGUUUCAUCAUAAUUAAUAGUUUCUCAAGAUUAAUAGAAUUUCUUAUAUGUAAGCUAUAUUUUUUUCCAUGUAUUAAUUUCAUGUACAUUUUCUUCUUAUCUCUUACAUAAGGGGUAUUUAAUUUUAUGUUUAAAAUGCAAAAGAAAUGCAAAU